AUGAAUUCUAAAGAUCUUACAGUUAAGGAAGCUCAGGAUUCCAAAAAAGAGGUUUCAGACGCCUCUAAACCGUUAAAUAGAAAAGUAGAAGAUGAACAACCGAAUAGUUGUAAAAAGAGUAAAGACGAGUCUGCUACGGAUGACCAGGAGGCGCCAUCCCAAGACCUCGCUUCGUUGAUAGGUUUUACAGGGUUUCAGUCGACAAAAAACAAAAAGGUUCAGCCAAAAAGAGCUGGUGGUAAAAUGGUCGAAAAGAAGAGCACCAAGAAUGCUAAGUACAGACAAUACGUCAACAGAAAGAAUAAGAAACUAGUGCAAUGA